AUGACCUUUAGAAGAAAGCCGGAUGAGGACUGACUGCCAAAAACUCGAUGCCGUCAAAGCGGCAGUGAAAUUUGGAGGCAUGGUUCCUUCUUCUUUCCCCUUUUCUAUUCUCAACCUCACCCAUUUCUUCAUCUUCUUCUUCAAUUCAUCCUCUCUGUGAAUCCCUUUCGCCAUGUUCAGGCUCUGGAAAUGGUAUCAGAACUGUCUCACCUUCCAUCCGGUGAAAACCCAAGUCAUCAGCUCCGGCUUUUUAUGGGGCACUGGCGACAUUGCCGCCCAAUAUAUUACUCAAUCCGCCGCCAAAAACCGUCUUCUUCAAACUUAUCCAGAUGCUGAAGAAGAGUUCAAAAUCAACUGGAAACGUGUCGGUAUCACAAGCAUGUUUGGAUUUGGCUUUGUUGGACCAGUCGGCCACAUGUGGUAUGAAGGCUUGGACAGGUUUAUAAGGCUAAGACUUCAUCUCCAGCCAAAAUCAGCCAAGUUUGUAGGGGCAAAACUGGCAAUGGAUGGUCUAAUCUUCGGACCGAUCGACUUAGUCGUCUUCUUCAGUUAUAUGGGACUUGCCAACGGCAAAGAAGUUUCUGAAGUGAAAGAAGACUUGAAGAGGGAUUUCGUCCCGGCGUUUCUCUUGUCGGGUACGGUGUGGCCUAUCAUUCAGGUCGCAAACUUCCGAUACGUCCCGGUGAGGUACCAACUCCUUUAUGUUAACUUGUUCUGCUUGUUGGACAGUGCUUUUUUGUCAUGGGUUGAGCAACAAAACAAUGCUCCUUGGAAGCAAUGGUUUACUUCUUUUAAUCCUUUUAAAGAACGAUGAGAAACUUUGAGAGCCAUCUUCUCAGUCUUGUAAGCCUUCUUUUUCUUUCAAUUCAUCACAUUGGACAGAGGAAAGCUGAAUUGUUCCCUUUAUAGACUGUAAAGAUAUUAUAACCGACUUUUGUGCAAUCUGUAUGUGUUUCAAUCAAUCUAUCAUGUGCCCUCUUCUAAUGAAAUAUUAUAUAGCCCAUACAUUGGCCUGUGAA